CUAUGGCAAUAUAAACGUCUUGAUAAAAACACGCAGCUCUUUGAAACCGUUUGUACUGCGUCUUGUGAAAGGUAAUGUACUGUCUGUCUCAGAAGGCUUCUGCUUUUACAAACACCAAAAGACUAUUCUUUAUUCGUGGUUUGUAAUAACAAAGCCAAACAAAACAUUAUUUUUACUGUGGCUUACUGUGCGACAUCAACACACUAGAUAUUGUCCAGCAUCGACACAUCAACACAACUGUAUUCGCAGCAAAUUAGUUUGUGUGCAAGAAAAAUAUAAGUUUGUCGAUCCUACUUCGUCAUCUCUCAUCAAGAUGAAUACACCGAAAUGUUUUCAACCAAUAUCGAUGUUAUACAAAGCAUUUUACUUUGUAUUCUACGCUGGCUAUAUCACGUUUCUGCUUUAUGUUCCUGUCUAUUUCAAAUAUCUUGGACUCAAUGCCAUGCACGUUGGACUCCUGAAUGGUGCAAGACCACUGAUGCAGAGUAUAGGAGCACCGUUUUGGGGAGUUUUAGGUGAUAGAUUACGAGUUCGAAAAAUAAUUUUCCUAUUUGCUUUCAUUGUCAUGACUGUUAAGACGAUGUUAUUUGUUUUAUUUCGUCCUGAAAACACCACUUGCGUCGUUACCUACUUCAAUCAUUCAAAAGCAUUUAAGAAUGAGACAUAUUUAAUAAAACACAACAUCUUCAAACGGUCUAUGUUUGGUGAUAAUAUAGAUCUAUGGAAAGGAUCUGUGCUACAAGAUCUUACUAAAAAUAGUACUGAUGUAGUCUACAAAGCGAGGAUUUCAUUUGAUGUUGAAAAAACAUUGAUAAAAAGUUCAAACGGCACUACAACAGAGUACAAAAUAAUUUACAACAAUGAUGAAUCUACUAGGAUAUUUUUUUGGUUAUUAUUACUUGUAGUUUGUGGCGAUGCAUUUGACGCUGCCGUAUUUACGUUGGCAGAUACUUCAUGUCUUGACAACCUUGGUAGUGAAAACUACGGUUAUUAUCGAUUAUGGGGUUCAGCAGGAUGGGGAGUGAUGUCACCUAUUGUAGGUCUUACUAUUAAUCACGUGACCUUUAAUUACUGUGGCGUAACUGCAGGCUCGUAUUAUGUCAUAUUCUAUUUCUACCUUGGAUUCAUGUACCUCGGAUUACUGUUUGGAUCACAUUUUGAAUUUAGUUAUGAUCGCAAUGACCAUGUUCAUCGUACAGUUAAAAGCGCCUUGCUAAACUUCCAUUAUGGUAUUUUUCUUUUUGUUACAUUUUAUGCUGGUGUAUGUUAUGGUUUUCUUUUGUACUUCGUCAACUGGUUCAUUGAUAGUCUUGGUGGAACUGCUAUUGUCAUGGGAACUGCAACUGCUUGCAAGAGUGUCAUGGAUGUGUUAGGUUUCUUUUUUGCAGGAAAAAUCAUCGCCAUCUUGGGUCAUCUUAAUACCGUCACGCUCAGUUUAGUUGCAUACAUUGCAUCGUUCCUAUCUUAUUCAUGUAUUACAAAUCCCUGGUACGCAGUUCCCAUAGAGGUGCUACAUGCCGGUGCCUAUGCUCUUGUUUGGUCAUCAUCAAUCUCUUAUCUUAACAAAGCAGCUCCAGCUGGCUCAAGUGCUACUGUACAAGGGAUUCUGCAGGGCGUAUAUUGGGGCCUGGGAACUGGUGGAGGUACGAUCGUUGGAGGUUAUCUAUCGCACGUAUUUGGAUUUAAAUCAACAUUUCGUGCAUUUGCUGUUGCAACAGGUGUUGUGUUGGCAGUAUUUCUUGCUACACAGCUGAUAUCAAAGUAUUCCAAUCUCUCCCAAGAAGAUGGAAAUGAGAGUUCUUACAGUCAGGAAGAUGACAAAAAGCUACUAAACCCUUUAAAAUCAAACAACUCGUCCGUGCAUCCAGCAGAAAAUAGCAUUUCCGAGGAACACCGCCAUAAUAGUCAAUGCGAAGAAAGUGAAGGAGAAGACAAUAUUACAAAUGAAAUAUCAUCAAUGCCUGAAAAUUCCCUCGUUUUGAAGGAAUCAGAAUUGAAUGACAAUUGAAGCGUUUUACCAAAAUAACUACUUUGCCUUUUUCAAAAGAUAGUUUUUUCAUGUUCUCGGACAUGAAAUCAUGAUAAACUAGAAUUAAGUUUCAUUAGUCGAUUGUUGAGUAAAUCCAAUCUUGAGUUCUACAAAUGAUGUAAUAUUAAGUUAUAAGGUUUGUCUUACAAAAUUGUAUGACAUAAAAUCAAAUUCAAAUUGAUCUUAACACUAAAUAGAUUGUAUAGUGAAAGAAUUUAUUCAUGUGUAGAAAUUUGUAGUAUGAAAUUGUUUAUUUAAAAUUAAAUAAUAAAUGAGUUA